UUCCGAUGUAUACAAAGUGUUGUUUCACUUUCAAUAAAAUUAGUUACAACAACUACAAGUGCUUAAAAGGAAACAAAGCAAGCUUGUCAUGUAACGUGCUAGAGUUACUAAGAAAUUUCAAACCAUAUUCUACGGAAUCAGGACAUCAAAUGGAGAGGAAAAUUAAGACAGUUCUUGUAGAUUUGAGUGGAACAAUUCAUAUUGAAAAUGAAGAGAUUGCGGGAUCUUUGGAUGCAUUGAAAAGGCAAGAUCUGAUGACUGAGUUGAGGAAGUCGAAUUUAAACAUCAAAUUUGUAACAAACACCACAAAAGAAUCACAGAAACUACUAUUACAGAGGUUGAGAAGAAUUGGCUUCAGUAUUGAAUCCUCAGAAAUCUUCACCUCCUUAACUGCUGCAGUUAAAUUAAUAAAGAGAAAAUCAUUACGGCCAUUCCUGCUUGUAGAUGACAGAGCUUUAGAGGAUUUUGAAGGAAUUGACACCAAGUCUCCAAAUGCAGUUGUGGUAGGACUAGCUCCUGAAAAAUUUGAGUAUGGCAAACUCAAUCAAGCUUUUCGGUUAUUGAUAGAUGGAGCUGCACUUAUAGCCAUUCACAAAGCCAGAUAUUAUAAGACAGCUGCUGGAUUAUCCCUGGGACCAGGGCCAUUUGUAACUGGAUUAGAAUAUGCAGCCGAUUGUAAAGCAGAAGUUGUUGGAAAACCUGAGAGAACUUUUUUCUUGUCUGCAGUAGAAGAAUUUAAUUGUCUUCCAGAGGAAUGUGUUAUGAUUGGAGAUGAUGUUAGAGAUGAUAUAAAUGGUGCACAGAACUGUGGAAUGCUGGGUAUCCUUGUACAGACAGGUAAAUACAGGCCUGAAGAUGAAGAAAAAAUAAAUCCCAAACCAUACCUGACUGUUAAAGACUUUCCUGAAGCUGUUGAUAAAAUUUUAUCUCAAAAAUAUUCAUAAAUUAGAAGUAAGAUAAUUUAACAAAGAAAAUAUUGCAAGACUCACCAGUAGAUUUAUCAUUCUGUGUUAUUCCAUGCAUAUGUUGCAUUAAAUAACAUGACUGCAUUUGAAUUGAAAAGAUUUGAAGACAAUGUUCAACUGAACUCUUACUCAUACUACACUGUACAUCAUACCAUUUAUGUUGCAAGUUAGUAUAAAGUUUUGUUGUGAACACUGAUACAUCUCCAUUCUCUCUUGAAUAAAAUUUUUAAAAUUUCA